UUUUCAGCCAGAGUACUUUAGCGUAAGUUCAUGUAAGAAAUUGUGCUCCGAAAAAAAAAAAUUCUGAUACAAAAAGAGAGAAAGUGACUUGGGAAAAUUUACUCUUCAAAUAGUAAACAAACAUUGUGCUAAAAUAUUAAUCGGAAAUGGCUUCAACCCUGUCAGGAACUGUAUUCUCAUGGGUGCACAAUGUGUUUGGUGUGUACGAAGACGAGGCCCUAAUUCAUCGUAUGACACUGAUUGCAUUGAUUUACACUAUAGUCGUGGGAAUCGUUAGCAUUGUGCAACCAAUCGCUUACGGAAAACUUAGUAAUGGAAAUGCGUUCACAAUGAAUGCAAGAGUAGCCUGGAGUAUUCAAGAAGCUCCAGCGUUUAUUGUUCCACUUUUGUUAAUAAUUCAAACACCUUGCUCGGCGCUCAUCGAAAGCACUGGCAAUAAAGUUGCAUUAUUUUGUUUCAUGGCUCAUUAUUUUCAUAGGGCAUUCAUUUACCCAUUUCGUUUCAUUAACCCGAAACCAGCUCCGAUUAUCAAUUUCGUCAUGGCGUUCAUAUUUUGCUACUUCAAUGGUCUGCUUCAGGGGUUGCACUUGACCAACGUGCACACUAUCGAAAAAACGACUUCGACUAUUUUAGGAACCUUAAUUUUACUGAUCGGCAUGGCAAUCAAUAUUCAGUCAGACGGAACUUUGAUUAACUUACGAAAAACGUCUGGAAAAGUGCCGAAAGGAAAGAGUGAAUACAAAGUUCCGCGUGGAGGACUUUUCGAAUACAUUUCCUGUGCGAAUUACUUUGGGGAAAUUAUCGAAUGGUGGGGCCUGUAUAUCGUAACAUGCGGAAUGCCUCAGCUAACGUUCGCUGUAUUUUCGAAUAUCUUUUUGGGUCUGAGGGCUGUACAUGGUCACCAAUGGUACAAGAAAACAUUUGGAAGCUCUUACCCAUCAAAACGACGAGCCAUCAUUCCAUUUAUAUUCUAAACGUUUUGAUUUGUAAUAUAAUCGGAAGAAGAACAGGAUUUGAUUCAGUUUA